CGCGGGUCAGUAAAUGUCAUAGUCCACCACCGACAAUCACAUCAGUAACAAUGGCCGCUAAGUUCGUCGCUAUCCUUUCCCUGGCCGUGGCCGUGUCCGCCAUUCCUGUGGUGCCCCUCGCCAAGGUGGCCUACGAGGAGGCGCCCGCCCACUACGAGUUCCAGUACUCCGUGGCGGACCACCACACCGGCGACAUCAAGCAGCAGCAGGAAGCGCGCGCUGGCGACGCCGUGCACGGUUCCUACUCGCUGCUGCAGCCCGACGGCGUGCAGCGCAUCGUGGAGUAUACCGCCGACAAGGAGCACGGCUUCAACGCCAUCGUCCGCUACGAGGGACACCCCACUGAGGCGCCCCACAAGGUCGCCCUCGCCCCCAUCGCCAAACUCGCCUACGCCGCUCCCGUCGCCAAGAUCGCCUACGCCGCUCCCGUAACCAAGGUCGCUUACGCUGCCCCCGUAGCCAAGAUUGCCUACGCCGCCCCCGUCGCCAAGGUCGCCUACGCCGCCGCUCCCGCUCACGUCACCUUCUCUUCCCCCGCCAUCUCCUACCACCACUAGACUGAUAAUUGAGGCUUGUUUUUAUUAUGACUAGUUUCUAAUAAAUUAUUUAUUGAACGAA